GUCCCGAUGUCUGUCUCUGUGUGUCUGUAACACGUCCUCACGUCCAGCUCUUCCAUUUUAUUAUCAGGAGCUGCUCGUAAGACAGGUAAGAAGGAUGAGUCCAAACUAACACGACUCAGACUGACCUCUUUGAACCUGAAGGUUCUCCUCUACCUUUGAUUGUGUGUUUGUUUCUGUGUCUUUUAUACUGAAUCUGAUUUUAGUCCAAAGAGGAGUCUUAACACUUAACUGUGACAUCAGAUCUUCACAUUUAAAAUGCAUAUUUCGGAGGCUCACUCUUAUUGUCUGGUUCUAGUCGAUCAAAUUCAGUUCACUAAAAGCAUCCGAAGCAUCGAGGUCAACGAACGCCACUCUGCCACCUUCGAGUGCGAGUUAUCCUUCGACAACGCUACCGUCACGUGGUACAAAGACUCGUGGGAGCUUAAAGAAAGCCCAAAAUAUAACUUCAGGACUGAAAGCCGACGGCACUUUAUGACAAUCCACAACGUAACUGCAGAGGACGAAGGCGUGUACUCGGUGAUUGCUCGCCUGGAGCCACUGGGAGAAGCUCGAAGCACAGCCGAGCUUUACCUGUCAGGCAAAGAAAUUGAGUUAGGGAGGGUUCCUCAGGAUGUCCCCGACACAGCCGUUCGUGUGUCAGAGGCAGCGUCUAUGCUCGUGUGCAGAGAUUCCUCCGAGUUUGAUCACUUUGAGGAGAGAACAGAAGUGAGAGGUACAGCAGUCGCCACUCCCCAAGAUCAGCUCUAACCGCCGUAAUCUCUACAGUUUGCGUGACGAAACUUUCUGCAUUAAACCGUUUUCUUUAACCGUCAUCACCCUCAAGUCCAUCAUCAUCAUAACCAUCAUCAUCUUCAUCACCUUCUUCCUCCUCCUUUAACCUUCAUCCUGAGUAACUGUGUGCUUGUUUUAAGCGUCAUCUGUACACGACCCGUUAUAAUAUCCCAAAUAUAAUUCAGCUUCAUUAUCUGAGCUGUGCAGACGACGGUCACGUCAGUGUCUAAGAAUCACUUUUCAAAUGAAUCCUGAUAUGACGAGAUUUAAAAUCCAGCCAGUUUAAAGAUGUACAGUUCUUUUAUUUUAUUGUAGUAAAGAAUUACAAGUUUCUGACUAUACUUAUGAUUUUUAUCACGUUGUUUUCUGAAUUACAAAAAUGUCAACAUUCCUGUUGUAAAAUCUGAUUUAUUAUAUUCUCAUUAUGGUUUUGGUUGCCUCUCAGACUUCGCUGCUCAGAUUUUAAAAAUAAAAAUGAGGUUUUCAAUAAAUAAACAGUAAGUCUGAUUUUUGUAAAGCUAAACUUAAAAUUGGACUAUCUCACCUCAAAUUCAGAACUUUGAUAAAUUAACAGUAUUUUCAGGAUUGUGGAGUUUCAUCUGAAAUAUUUAAAGGUUUCACGACCUGAUCGUCGUCUGCUCAAACAUAAACUGUUCACUGAUCUGACGUCUAACGGCGAAUAUCUUUCCGUGGUCACUUUAUGAAGUGUAAUGACUGUUAACGUGCUGUGGACGUGUUAUUGUCUGAACUGCUCAUCGGUGCGGCCCACACCCGUCUUCCUGUUUCCCCUGUUAUCGUGUUUCGUUGUGUUUUUAGCAGCUUUGGAUACUCGACGACCUGCAGCAGCUUUCACGUGUCAGUCGUUCUUUUUCUGAGUUUACAUUUUUUUCCU